UGCCUGUCACCGGCACGGCAUGCACACCCACUCCACGCCCAUGACUACAUCAUCGUCAUCAUCGACAGCAGCAGCAGCGGGAGGCAGAGAAGAAAGCAGCAGCAGCGGCAGCAGCAGUAGCGGCAGCAGCAGCAGUCGUCAGCCUGCCCCGUUUGUAUAGACCGAAGGUUGACGAGGAUAAGAAGGAGCGCGGACAUGCCCAGCUUGUUCGCUCGGCACAGCUCCGGGAUCGACUGGUGCGAGGGCAACUAUCGACACUCGAGCAGUAUUGCCGAGUUCUACAACACGGUGAGCAAUGUUGCCUUCUUCCUGCUGCCGCCGCUCAUGCACUACCUGUUCGCGCCUUACGGGCGCCAGCGCGGCCCCGCCGUCCACGCCGUCUGGCUGCUCAUGAUGGUUGUCGGCGCUUGCUCCAUCUACUUCCACUGGACGCUGAGCUACGUGGGGCAGCUGCUUGACGAGCUGUCUAUCCUGUGGGUGCUCGCCACCGCCUACGUGCUCUGGUUCCCCAAGAGGCUCUUCCCCAAGGUGCUCAACAGGAACAGGUUUCACUUCGGAGUGCUCGUGCUCGUUGGUGCCUUGGCCUGCUCCGUGCUCUCCUUCCUGCGGCCCACCAUCAACGCCUACGCGCUCAACAGCAUCGCCCUGCAGAUCAUCUACGUUAUGGUCACAGAGAUCAAGAGGUGUGCCAAUCGCGAUGUCCUGCGGCUGGCCUUGAUGCUUGUCAUCCUUUGGAGCCUGGCCAUCGCCUGCUGGAUCAGCGACCGCUUCCAGUGCUCCUUCUGGCAGGGUCUGGGCUUCCCGUACCUGCACAGCAUCUGGCACGUGAUGAUCGCCAUCUCCAGCACUUACUGCUGCGUGCUCUUCUCUUACUUUGAAGCUGUGACGGAGGUGCCGCACCUCAAGCCUCGCGUCUGCUACUGGCCGAAACGCUCGUGGGAAUUCGGUAUCCCAUACAUCGCCCUGGAGGCUGGCCAGGCCAAUGGGAAAUCCUGCUAGCGGGGGCCGAGUCUGAAACGACGUGGCCAUAUUGAGAGCAAGCGGAAACCACUGUGUAGGUUUUCCGUGGUUGGACUGUACGGCUCUUCCGCCGUGUGUCCGGGUUGUGCCACCCGUUAGUUUCGACAUGGUGUCCGACGUUUCGCUCCACGUCCUGAAGAAGCUCACAGCUCCUGAAACGUCGAACAUCGUGCCGAAUAACACGAGACGCAACCACAUAACACGUCGGAGAACUAUAAUGAGAGGGAAUUACUUUGUUUUGCAAACAAUAUCAGGGUACGUGGCAAUGUAUACAUAUAGACGAGGUUAAUUGUAUAUACACCGUACGAGAUACAUUUUACACUAUUUAUACACGCUUACGUGCAGUACAUGCAACUCUUUGAAUGAAUCUAGGUCGCGUCUCAUAGGCCAUCAUCAGCCCGACGGGUUACUGUGUAAAUUGUCGGAGUGGUCUGCAAUUAUUUGCAGCGUAACAUUUUGAUGGAAUGUUUUCCAUCGGCUGUAAUGAAGGAUUAAAAAGCCAACGUUUUGAUGCAUUAGACAUUUUAUGAAGUAAUGCCUGUGUUACAUUCCUUCACCUCAACGCAUUCGCUGACUUUUGGCGCAAAUAUUAAUUUCAAGUUGAAUGUAAACAAAUUACAGUAAGCAUAGUUAUUGUGUAGUGUGUCCAACUGUAAGUUCAUCCUCAUCAACACUGUCGCGAAAGCAGCGCUUGUCAAAUAGUAUGCAUUUACAACACUGCAAAUUGGAGUUCCUGGCAUUUUGAAACAUUCCUUGACUACAUUUAAAAUAUUUAUAUUCCAAAAUAUUGUUUGGUAAUGCUGGUGUGCCAAAAAUAAUAUGCUGCUCGUGGUGCAGUUUCGUGAAGGUGUCUAUCGACAGAUUUUAAAAAUUAGAUUUUAUCUGUCAAUGUUUUUAAAGAUUGUCCCGUGGUAUUGCACUACCACUAACGUUCGAUUAAUCUAAAAACAAGACAUGGAAUUCACAAAUGCAAUAUAUUUUACUCUUGUUAUUCGUGUAUUUAGUGCCUCGUAAAUUGGAAUGAGUGAUGUGUUUAUGUAGUCUUCAUUGAAGAGAGUGCUUUUCAUAACUGUAUUUAAAUGCUAUAAUUAAAUAGUUUGCUCAAGAUUUUUAGACAAUGGCAAUUCCGAUGGGAGAGAUGAAUAUGAUUGUAACGAUGGCAACUAGAUAAGCAAUCUUGACUUUGGGCAACAUGGGGCUUUGAAAUAAUUGUUCGUGUGAGUUGUUCGUGGUAAAUGUUGAGUUGUUGUGUUGGUUUUUGAACAAUGCAUUGGAUUGUUGUGUACAAACGUGUCCAAUGUUUAAUAUCUUCACGUUUACGAGUGUGAUUUUCGCAAUUGCAUUCAAUUUUUACAUCCUGUUAUUUUACCUGUGCCGUGGUCAAACAGCUACAGAAGAUCUGCAUUCGAAACAAAAAAUGUCACGAAAGGAAUGUAAUUUGAAAGCCACGUUUACCACAGACCAACUAAAAUACGGGAUGUUACAGUUUUGUUUGGAAUUAAUUUUGGUUAAAUUAUUCUACGAUCUAUUGAAUAAAAAAGAGUCUAUUUAUAAUGACGAUGCAUGCUAU